GCUCAUCAACCCAUAAAACAAAAAAAUUAAAAUCAACGCACUAACUUUUCAGUGCUAUACACAAAAUCGAAGAAAUCAAAGGUUCUCAUUAAAAAAACAUGGUAGCUUUAGAAACCAUUAAAGUGAUAUUUGGUAUUUUUACCUCCCUUUGUGUUCAAAGCCACAGUUUCACCGUUGAUAUCAUCCACACCAAUGCUCUAAACUCGCCUUUCUACAACCCUUCUACGCCUAGGGCUGACUAUGCAAAGGGUGCUCUUGUCCAAUCCCAAUCGCGCGUCGCCAGAAUGAGGCGACGCGCGGCCACUACUACUCAGGGCCUCCCCGGCCCUGCAACGGGUGAGUUUGCAGGUGAUCUUGAGUACGCCGCCGGAUACUACGCCAUGAAAUUCUCAAUUGGCACGCCCCCGGUAGAGAGGCUUGCGUUGGUGGACACCGGAAGCGAUCUCACGUGGAUACAAUGCGAGCCGUGUCCGGGCUUGUGCUUCGCGCAGAACACGCCUUUGUUCGACCCGUCAAUGAGCUCGUCAUACACGAGGUUGCCGUGUGACACCCCGAUAUGUCUGGAGGGUGGCUGGUAUUCAUGCGACACCUCCACCAACCUAUGCCAUUAUAACUACAGCUAUAUGGACGCGUCGUACACUCACGGAGACUUAGCUUACGAGACUCUUGCAAUCGGUGACACGUCCUUCUCGAAUUUCGUGUUCGGGUGUGGGUUCAAUAACUCUUUAGUAAACACGCAAGUGACCAACGGAAUAUUCGGCCUCGGCAAUGACAAUAUUUCCUUCAUCACACAGGCCAACAUUGAGAGGUUCAUGUAUUGUCUUCCGUGGUAUUUAGAUGCUAAUGUCUCAAGCCACAUCGCAUUCGACUCUGACGCUGUGAUCGCAGACCUGGACGGAGUCGUUUCAACCCCUAUAGCCGACACGAAAUACGGGUACUACUGGAUCACGUUAGAAAACUUUAGUGUCGGGGGCAAAACGGUGCUUAGCAAGCCCUUGAAUAAGUCGACCAGCGGAAUGGUGGUCGACUCAGGGUCCACUUUAACCUAUCUCCGAAAUGAGUUGCACGAUGCGUUGAUAAACGAGUUGAGAAGUGUGGUGAAGAGCACCCCGGUGAGUGACCCAACCGGAGGCACAUAUUAUAAACUUUGUUACAAUGCAUCUGACAUAGCCGCGGAAGUGUUUCCCACGGUGGCGGCACAUUUUGCCGGGGGCGCCGUCGUUCAGCUCUCGCCCAAAGCAUUGCUCAACUUUUAUGUAGGUGAUGGUGUUGUUUGCCUGCCGAUAUCAAACGGCGCUUCCGUUUGGGGAAACCUCUCACAAAUUGACUAUAUCAUCUUAUUUGAUUUGGUUGAUAAAUCCCUUAGCUUCAAGCCAUUCGACUGCGAUCAUUUUUAGAUGACAGUUAUUAUUAUUGGAUUUCUUUUUUAUAUAUAUGUUUCAAUAUAAUUCUUAAGAAUAUAUUCCCACCGUCCNCGCCGUCGUUCAGCUCUCGCCCAAAGCAUUGCUCAACUUUUAUGUAGGUGAUGGUGUUGUUUGCCUGCCGAUAUCAAACGGCGCUUCCGUUUGGGGAAACCUCUCACAAAUUGACUAUAUCAUCUUAUUUGAUUUGGUUGAUAAAUCCCUUAGCUUCAAGCCAUUCGACUGCGAUCAUUUUUAGAUGACAGUUAUUAUUAUUGGAUUUCUUUUUUAUAUAUAUGUUUCAAGGUAUAAAUGCACCACAGCCCU